GGCCAAUCAUUCUGAGGGAGUUGAUGACAUACCCGACAUUUGUCUUCAUCACGCCGGUGCAUGCGGGCGAGAGCACACCCGAAACAGACGAACCCAAAGGCAAUGCAGCCUACAUGCAGCUGUACUUCGACUCUAUGAGCAUGCUACGGACAGUCUACGAACCUAUCGCCGACAAAGAAAGUGUUGUAACACAUAUGAUCUUCAAGGAAAUCAUUGCUGGAUUGCGAGUGGUAUGGAAUAGAAUACGGCGCUGUGUAGUUUUUUUAAUUUUGGUGGGUGGUUGA